AUGUGUUUAAAACAUCAGAAUAUUAGACUCCACCGUGCUCUGAGGUGUUAUUCAUCCUUUACUUCUAGGAGAAGAGUUGUAGUCACAGGUUUGGGUGCUGUUUCCCCUUUAGGAGCAUGUACGGAAGUAACCUGGCAAAACCUCUUAAAAGGUUGCAGUGGUAUUGUUUCUUUAGGCGAAGAAUAUCUUCAAUUACCUUGCAGAAUAGCUGGGUUAAUCCCUAAGGACAGGGAUGAUAAAAUAGAGAGGGCUUUAUCAAAGUCGAAUUUAAAAUCCAUGGCACCGGCUACAUGCUUAGCUUUGGUAGCUACUGCUGAAGCAUUAGUUGAUGCAUCUUGGUCACCACAAUCAGAUAGAGACAGAGAAAAUACGGGAGUCGCUUUAGGAAUGGGUAUGAUUGAUUUAAAAGAUGUCUGCGACACUAACUCGGCCUUACAAUUAGGUUAUAAUAAAGUUAGCCCAUUUUUUGUUCCACGAAUAUUGCCUAAUAUGGCUGCUGGUCAUGUAAGCAUCAAGUAUGGGUUGAGAGGCCCCAAUCAUUCUGUUUCUACAGCUUGUGCAACAGGAGCUCAUUCUAUUGGCGAUGCAUUUAGGUUUAUAAGGAAUGGUGAUGUCGAUGUGAUGGUGUGUGGUGGAGCAGAAGCAUGUAUAAGCCCUCUUGCUAUUGCAGGAUUCUGUCGGCUUAGAGCCUUAAGCACAUCUUUUAACGAUUCACCCAGUAAAGCUUCUAGGCCCUUUGACAAGAAAAGAGAGGGCUUUGUCAUGGGUGAAGGCGCAGCUGUUCUUAUAUUAGAAGAAUAUGAGCAUGCCCUCAAAAGAAAUGCUAAGAUGUAUGCCGAAAUACUGGGGUAUGGUCUCUCUGGUGAUGCUUCUCAUAUAACCACUCCACGAGAAGAUGGCAGUGGAGCAAUUCUCUCAAUGAGUAGAGCAUUAAAAGAUGCAAAUAUUGAUAAGAACCAAGUUUCAUUUAUCAAUGCUCAUGCUACAUCUACUCCUGUUGGUGAUAAUAUUGAAUCAACAGCUAUAAAGUCAUUGUUUAAGGAAAAUGUUUCGAAUGUGCAUGUUUCUUCCACAAAGGGAGCACAUGGCCACUUAUUAGGAGCCGCUGGAAAUUUAGAGGCAAUAUUUACCAUAUUAGCAUGCUAUCAUGGGGUUUUACCCCCUACAAUCAACUUAGAAAACCCUAUAGAUGACUUAAACUAUGUCGCCAAUACACCUGUGCCAUGGCAUAGUGACAAGAAGGUGGCUUUAAAAAAUUCAUUUGGCUUCGGAGGAACCAAUGCGUCACUGUGUAUAUCUAACAUAAGCUAA